AUGGGUUCCAUCGCCACCAGCACGGCGUCGCAGUCGUCUCGACUCUUUGAGCCGCUCAAGAUCGGGACCAUGACACUCGGCCACCGGAUCGCCAUGGCGCCCCUGACGCGGUUCCGGGCCGACGACAACCACGUGCCCCUCCCGUUCGUGUCGACGUACUACUCGCAGCGGGGGUCGACGCCGGGGACGCUCCUGGUCACGGAGGCGACCUUCAUCUCGCCGCAGGCGGGGGGCUACGCGAACGUCCCGGGCAUCUACACGGACGAGCAGGUCGAGGCGUGGAGGGGCGUGACGUCGGCCGUGCACGCCCGCGGGUCGUACAUCUACCUGCAGCUGUGGCACCUGGGCCGGUGCGCGAACCCGCAGGUCGCCGCGGCCGAGGGGAUCCGCGUGGUGUCGUCGUCGCCGAGCCCGCUGCUGAAGGACGGGCAGCCCGAGGCCGUCGUGCCGCACGAGCUGACCCCGGAGGAGAUCCGGGGCGUCGUCGCCGACUACGCCGCCGCGGCCCGCAACGCCGUCGAGCGCGCCGGCUUCGACGGCGUCGAGAUCCACGGCGCGAACGGCUACCUCGUCGACCAGUUCCUGCAGGACGGGGUCAACACCCGCACCGACGCCUACGGGGGCAGCGUCGAGAACCGCUCGCGCUUCGGCCUCGAGGUCGCCCGCGCCGUCGUCGACGCCGUCGGCCCGGAGAAGGUCGGCAUCCGCCUGAGCCCCUUCUCCACCUUCCAGGGCAUGAAGAUGGACGACCCCGUCCCGCAGUUCACCCACUUCGUCACCGCCCUCAAGGACCUCAACCUCGCAUACAUCCACCUCGUCGAGGCGAGGGUCUCGGGCAUCACCGACGUCGAGACCACCGACAACGUCAACUUCCUCAUCGACGCCUGGGACAAUACGAGUCCCGUCCUGGUCGCCGGUGGAUUCACCCCGGAUUCUGCGAAGCGUGCCGUUGACCAUGACUAUAAAGACAAGGACGUUGCCAUCGUCUUUGGCCGCCACUUCAUCUCCACUCCCGAUUUGCCGUUCCGCAUCAAAAAGGGCAUCGACUUGAAUCCUUACGACCGAGCCACCUUCUACAAUCCAAAAUCCGAAAUAGGCUACACCAAUCUUCCAUUUAGCGCCGAGUUUGAACAAGAAGUCAAGGCAUAA